UUUAUCCACCACCACUGACUUGGCAUUUUUAGCUGCCUGGCUGAGGCUUUGUUUCCAUGCUCUGGACGUACUCAGUUCAAGAUAUGUUUCAAGGUCAUGGCAAAACCCCAAAAGAUGCAGCCUCAGUUCGGGCCACCCAUCCCAUACCAGCCGCCUGUGGGAUUUAUUACUUUGAAGUAAAAAUUGUUAGUAAAGGAAGAGAUGGUUACAUGGGAAUUGGUCUUUCUGCUCAAGGUGUGAACAUGAAUAGACUACCAGGUUGGGAUAAGCAUUCAUAUGGUUACCAUGGAGACGAUGGGCAUUCAUUUUGUUCUUCUGGAACGGGGCAACCCUAUGGACCAACAUUUACAACCGGUGAUGUCAUUGGCUGCUGCGUAAACCUCAUCAUCAAUACCUGCUUCUACACAAAGAAUGGACAUAGUUUAGGUAUUGCUUUUACAGAUCUACCGCCAAAUUUGUAUCCUACCGUGGGACUUCAGACACCGGGAGAAGUGGUGGAUGCCAAUUUUGGGCAGCAUCCAUUUGUGUUUGACAUAGAAGACUACAUGCGAGAAUGGAGAACCAAAAUCCAGGCCCAGAUAGAUCAGUUUCCAACAGGAGAUCGAGAAGGAGAAUGGCAGACCAUGAUACAAAAAAUGGUUUCAUCUUACUUAGUCCAUCAUGGGUACAGUGCCACAGCGGAAGCCUUUGCCAGAUCCACAGACCAGGCCGUAUUAGAAGAAUUAGCUUCCAUUAAGAAUAGACAAAGAAUUCAGAAAUUGGUGUUAGCAGGUAGAAUGGGAGAAGCCAUUGAAACAACGCAACAGUUAUAUCCAAGUUUACUUGAAAGAAAUCCUAAUCUCUUAUUUACGUUAAAGGUGCGCCAAUUCAUAGAAAUGGUGAACGGUACCGACAGCGAAGUCCGGUGUUUGGGGGUCCGCAGCCCCAAAUCGCAAGACAGUUACCCUGUGAGCCCUCGAUCCUUUAGUAGCCCCAGCAUGAGCCCCAGCCAUGGCAUGAAUAUCCAUUGUCUAGCAUCAAGCAAAGGAAACACUGCGCAUUUCUCCGGUUUCGAAAGUUGUUGUAGUAAUGGAGUAAUAUCAAAUAAAGCACAUCAAACUUAUUGUCAUAGUAAACACCAAUCAACCAGUUUAAAUGUACCAGAACUAAAUAGUAUAAAUGUGUCAAGGUCACAGCAAGUUAAUAGCUUCACCAGUGAUGUGGACAUGGAAACAGAUCAUUAUGCUAAUGGGGUUGGAGAGUCUUCAUCCAAUGGCUUCGUGAAUGGCAGUUCUAAACAUGACCAUGAAAUGGAAGAAUGUGACACAGAAAUGGAAGUUGAUUCGAGUCAGUUGAGGCGUCAGCUGUGUGGAGGAAGUCAAGCGGCCAUCGAAAGAAUGAUCCACUUUGGAAGAGAACUACAAGCUAUGAGUGAACAACUGAGGCGAGAAUGUGGCAAAAACACAGCAAAUAAAAAAAUGCUGAAGGAUGCGUUCAGUUUACUUGCUUAUUCCGAUCCUUGGAGCAGUCCAGUUGGAAACCAGCUUGAUCCAAUUCAGAGAGAACCUGUGUGCUCAGCGCUAAACAGUGCAAUACUAGAGACCCACAAUCUGCCAAAGCAACCUCCACUGGCCUUAGCCAUGGGGCAGGCCACACAAUGUCUAGGCCUGAUGGCUCGGUCAGGAAUCGGCUCCUGUGCAUUUGCCACAGUGGAAGACUAUCUACACUAGCUAUGCAUUUAAAAGAGCGCAAACUUAUAUCGUGGCGUAUAGACAUGGAAGGAGACCAGCUCUGCUGACUUGGAAAUUUAGAUUUUUUUAAAUUACGUACUGCGGACAGGUCUUUGUCGCUUUACAUUGCUUCCUAGUUUACAGCAUGAUGCAAAUGAUUUUCUAACUUAGUUGUUAGGAGAAAUUAUUUUCCAUCUUUAACCUCUUAGUUGUCUAAGAGUUAAAAUACCACUACUGAAUUUCAGACAUUCAAACGGAUCUUCACACACAAGCCCUCAAACAAUUAUU